UAAAAUAGUUUGAGGUUAUUGACGCGUUAAGAAAAAUAAUGGAAUUAAUGGCCUUAUAAAUACAAGCAUCAUUUUUCGUGUUUGAUACAAGACCUUAAACACAUUCUAGUGUUUUCUGUUCAAAGGUUAGACUCUGUCUCUCUGUCUCUCUCUCCCUCCCUGUCUCGAUGGAAGCUCAGCGCUUUCAUGACAAGCCUCAAGCUGAAGGAGAAUGGUCUACAGGCUUCUGUGAUUGCUUCUCCGACUGCAAAAACUGUUGUAUCACAUGCUGGUGUCCAUGUAUUACAUUUGGCCAAGUCGCUGAGAUUGUAGAUCAAGGAGCGACCACGUGCGGUACGGGUGGAGCAAUAUACGCGUUGUUAAGUGCAGUAACGGGUUGUGCAUGUAUCUACUCGUGUUUCUAUCGUGGAAAGAUGAGAGCUCAAUACAACAUUGGAGGUAGUCAUUGUGGAGACUGCCUUCAACAUUUCUUCUGCGAGCUCUGUGCUCUCACCCAAGAAUACCGUGAACUCAAGAACCGCGGUUUCGACAUGACUCUUGGAUGGGCGGGGAACGUACAGAGGCAGCAGAACCAAGGUGUGGCGAUGGGUGCUCCAGCCUUCCAAGGCGGCAUGACCCGCUAAGAUUUGUUUCUUUUAUGUAUUUCAAUUAGUCAUGUAAUAAGAAACAAGGUUUAAUCCUCUGUUUUGUAUAAUAUUUAUUAUGCUUGUUAAUGAUGAAAGUGAUUGAUUGUAUAUUAAUAUUUGGUCAAGGAUGAGGUUUGGACUAGUCAAUUUGGUUUGGUA